AUGUUUUCUCUCUUUUCUCUCUUUCCAACAUUUAUUAUAUUCACAGAUUUUCUUGACACUCGUGUUUUGUUACCUUCUGAUGCAUCCCCUUCACAAUGUCCAUCCGGAUUAGCUAAGGCCAUAUCGCCGAAAUUACUCUCUACUAUUAAACACGGUUAUGAACACGAUGAACCUCCCUCUCAUGAGCACAUCGCGAAUCAAGAACUUUCAUUUCAUACGAGUGUCAUUGACAUGACAAUAUUAGCGUCUCCUAUGUACUCUCUUGGUCUGCAAAUAAAUCCUUUUGCUUCGGGUAGUAUAUUGAGUACUAUGGUUCGCAUUCAUGACGCCUUUUCUUUUUGUCUCUGUGCAUGUGGUAAAAACCCAUAUACAGAAAAUGCAAACACAUCCUACUAUCCUGCUGUUCUGACCUUUUCCUAUGUUCGAAAGUUGGUCUUACCACCUAUGAUUGUUGAGUUAACCCAUGUGAGGAUACUUUGCCCAUUUUUGUUGCAUUGCUCAAAGACUGUCUUGAUUGCAAUGCGGGCAAUUCUGGCAGCUACCCUGUAUAUCUUAAAAGCAGCUUCCUUGUUACCUCCAGCGUCUGUCUCAGGUUUUCAAAUGUCCCAAACAGCUUUUUUGGUGCCCUGUUGCUCUGCUCUAUUUUCCAGAGUUGACAGAAAAUUGUCACUCUUUUGUGGAGGAGCAGGUUGGGGUCCUUGUGAACUAUUGAUCUAA